CAGCCAGCCAUCCAUCCGCAGAAAACUAAACAUGGCGACAGUGGUGUCUUCCAAAAUAAGGAAAGGUACGAGGAGCGCAGCAUGCAACGCCAGUGCCCUAUCCUCUCUCUGCUGUUUUCUGCUCAUUGUAACUAUCAUCAUCAUCUUUGCUAGUGAUGGGAAUGCUGAAGGCCUGCGUCCAGCAUUCGCUUGCGACGCGAGAGAUGCAAGAACCAAAGGCUGGGGGUUUUGUGGGACUAAUUUGGGAAUAGCAGAGAGAGUGAGUGACCUGAUUGGAAGGUUGACACUGCAAGAAAAGGUUCGGCUGCUGGUGAACAAUGCGGCGGAAGUGGCACGGCUGGGGAUCAAAGGGUACGAGUGGUGGUCGGAGGCGCUUCAUGGGGUCUCCAAUGUGGGACCCGGCACCAAGUUUGGAGGAGAAUUCCCCGCAGCCACCAGCUUCCCGCAGGUCAUCACCACCGCAGCUGCUUUCAAUGCUUCAUUGUGGGAAGAAAUCGGACGGGUGGUAUCAGAUGAGGGUCGAGCGAUGUACAACGGAGGGUUGGGCGGACUGACGUACUGGAGCCCGAAUGUGAACAUUUUCAGAGACCCAAGGUGGGGGAGGGGGCAGGAGACUCCCGGGGAAGACCCUGUUUUGGCCGGUAAAUACGCAGCAAGCUACGUGAGAGGGUUACAGGGAAAUCUGGACGGCGGCCGCCUGAAGGUGGCAGCAUGCUGCAAGCACUUCACUGCGUACGACCUCGACAACUGGAGUGGGGUUGAUCGUUUUCACUUCAAUGCCAAGGUGAGCAGGCAGGACAUCGAAGACACAUUCGACGUGCCCUUCAGAAGCUGCGUCAAGGAAGGUAAGGUGGCAAGCGUGAUGUGCUCCUACAACCAAGUCAACGGGAUUCCCACCUGCGCUGACCCUAAACUUCUCCGCCACACCAUUCGCGGAGCCUGGCGUCUCGAUGGGUAUAUAGUCUCUGAUUGUGACUCUGUUGGAGUUCUUUAUGACAAUCAACAUUACACCUCAACACCUGAAGAAGCCGCGGCAGAUGCCAUCAAAGCAGGUCUGGACUUGGAUUGCGGACCAUUCUUGGGAUUACACACAGAAAGGGCCGUGCAACUGGGACUGUUGAAAGAGGCGGACAUUAACAGCGCCUUGGCCAACACUCUCACCGUCCAAAUGAGACUGGGAAUGUUCGAUGGCGAGCCAUCAAAGCAGCCCUUCGGUAACCUGGGCCCCCAUCAUGUCUGCACCCAUUCUCACCAACGCCUGGCACUCGAAGCUGCUAGACAGGGAAUUGUUCUUCUUAAAAACCACGGUCCUUCCUUGCCUCUUUCCCCUCGCCGUCACCGCACCCUUGCUGUCAUCGGACCUAACUCAAACGUCACUGCUACGAUGAUCGGGAAUUAUGCAGGCGUUGCAUGCGGAUACACAACUCCACUACAGGGAAUAGGAAGGUUUGCGAAGACAAUUCAUCAACAGGGUUGCGCAGGCGUUGCUUGUAGCAGUGAGGAACUCUUUGGUGGUGCCAUUGAUGCUGCACGUCAAGCAGAUGCAACCAUUCUUGUAAUGGGGCUAGACCAGUCGAUCGAGGCGGAGUUCAGAGACAGGGCAGGGUUACUCUUGCCCGGUCAUCAACAACAGCUCGUCACUAGGGUGGCUGCGGCCUCCAAGGGUCCUACCAUAUUGGUCUUAAUGUCUGGAGGUCCUGUGGACGUGUCAUUUGCCAAAAAUGAUGCACGAAUUGGUGCAAUUCUUUGGGUAGGCUACCCUGGCCAAGCUGGAGGAGCUGCAAUUGCCGACGUCCUAUUUGGAACCCAUAACCCAGGAGGAAAGUUGCCAAUGACAUGGUACCCGCAAGAUUACCUUUCUAGUUUGCCCAUGACAACAAUGGACAUGAGAUCCGACCCACGUAAAGGCUAUCCAGGCAGGACCUACAGAUUUUAUAAAGGCCCGGUGGUUUAUCCAUUUGGGCACGGCCUGAGCUACACCAGCUUUGUACACACAAUUGCUGACGCUCCCACCGUGGUUUCAGUUCCGGUUGACGGCCACCGCAGAUGGAACACCAGCGUGUCAAGCAAAGCCAUCAAGGUCACGCAUGCCAGAUGCAGCAGGCUCUCGAUUGGGGUACACGUUGAUGUGAAGAACGUUGGUGGGAUUGAUGGUUCCCACACAUUGCUUGUAUUCUCGUCCCCGCCUGGUAGUGGUCAUUGGGCUCCCCACAAGCAAUUAGUUGCCUUUGAGAAAGUGCACGUACCAGCAAGGGCACAGCAGCGGGUGUUUCUGAAGAUUCACGUCUGCAAGUACCUGAGCGUGGUGGAUAGAGCCGGAAUUCGAAGAAUUCCCAUGGGCCUACACAGUCUCCAUAUUGGUCCCAUUACCCAUUCCAUUUCUCUCCAAGCAGCAGUCCUAGGCGUCAUUAAAUCCUAGAACUCAUUCUUUCUUUCUUUCUUUUUCGUGUGGAAAACAAUCCCGGUCAGAUGAAAUUCAGCAUUUAUUUGAAACUGCAAAAAUGAAAGAUCGCCAGGGCCAUGCAUCAAUUUUCCUCCUGCCCUUCGUUGAACUUGGUUUGGUUUUUGUUAUGCCUUCCAUAGAGCCCACAUGCUUGAA